GUCAUACCACAGGUGAAUACGAUUUAUUUCGGCAAAGAUGUUUUGACAUUUUCGAAUAUGAAUAUAUACACAAAACCAUAGCAACGGUGUAACAACAUUCGAUUCGUUUUAGCAUUAUCCUGCAAGUAAGUCUUUGUAAUUAAAAAUUUUGCUAGACCGUAAAUGACUAGCUGUUAAAGCAUUGCCUUUGAACGUUUUUUGUUGUUAAAAAGUUAAUCGAGUGAAAACACAAUUUAUAUUAAAUGAAAUUUAAAAAUGGCUGACGAAUCACAAAAAAAGGAACGAUCGACACUAAAUUGAAUUUUCGCUAUCAACUGCUGUGCAAUAGAAACCAAAUAAACAAAAAAUGGCUACGAGAUUAGCUUCACAAAGAAAUUUCGUAACAAUAACGCCAACAACCAACCAAAAUCAAUCGCAAUCACUGUCCGAAAUGACCACCACUUCGAGCAAUAAUGGUGAAAUAAUAACAAUAACUUCAACUGGAAAUUCAGCGAUUUCGGAAUCAAUUCAUCACAAUGAUUCGAGUAUUCCCCUGCAACAGAAAAAAUUUAUCCUACAAACCAGUACCACUCCCGAUGGUGUAUCGGUCAUCGGUGUUGUGCCUAUCGAUCAGUCCGAUUCAAUCGAUGAUGCUCCGAUUACCGUAUCCACAAUAACCAGCAAUUCUGGUGCAUCGUCACCGAAUAGUUCAACAUCUCAGCAACUCACCGCUCAAGUGGCUGUCGUCCAAACGCAAACCGACAGUGACGCUGGACCACAAUUCAUAACAGUGAAUGCUGAAGGAUCCGUCCGUUCUUACGCACCACUAACCACAGUUGUGUCACAAAAUGAUAAUGUUACGUCUCAUGGGACUUACCACGUGCAAUAUGUAGACAGCGAGCUUUACUCAUCCUCCAGUCAAGGACAAACGCAAAUGACGUAUCCUAACUAUGCAGUCGUCGAUUACACUGCUGGAGGACAGCAAUACUAUACGACAACAGGAAACUAUACAAAUUCACCCACUUCGAGUGGAAACCAUGCCACAAACAGCUAUAUAGUACCUGUUGAUGAGCAACUAUUAACAACAUCUUCUAAAAUGUCUCCGCAAGCUAUAUCAACGGACGUGAAUUAUAUUCAACAGAGCACAACAACUACAACAAAUUCUUUGGAAUCGGAUUGCACGCCAAGUUUAACUCAUGCUACUCGAGUGUCUCCGGCAACUGUGGCUUGGCUAAUGGAAAACUACGAAACCGCUGAGGGAGUGAGCCUACCCCGGUCAACCUUAUACAAUCACUAUAUGAGGCAUUGUAAUGAGCAUAAACUCGAUGCGGUCAAUGCUGCAAGUUUUGGUAAAUUGAUACGAUCGGUGUUCACCGGUCUGCGCACGCGUCGUCUGGGCACCAGAGGCAACUCGAAGUAUCACUAUUAUGGAAUACGUGUGAAACCUGGAUCUGGCUUAAUGGUUACAUUGGAUGACCAACCAAAGAAUUCUGUGGCAUCCAGUACAAUGACUACAACACAAUCGGCAACAAGAAUUCGUAAAACUGGCACAAAGCCAGAGACUUAUGAAGCAUGUUCACAGUUUCUGGGUGAUGGAAACGGCGCCAUCCCAAUAUUCCCUAACAUUGAAAUUAGUCAACCCUUCCCGGAGGACAUUUCAUUGGAAGAUGUGGACACUCUACGGUCCAUUUAUCGUGAACAUUGCGAGGCAUUUUUAGAUGCGAUUUUGAAUCUUGAGUUCAGCACAGUUGAGUCGUUGUGGCGCGAAUUUUGGAGGGCACAGGAUAAUAAUAAUGGCGAUGAAUGCGAAGAAGAAAAAUAUUUGAGCAAAUACAAGUUAUACACGCUGUCCCAAUGCGAAGCCGUUCAGGAGUUCGUCAAACAGGUGGACUACACAUUUUACCAAAACAUGGUAGAUGUAUUGAUACCAGACGUGCUUCGUCCAAUUCCAAGUUCUCUAACUCAGGCCAUUCGCAACUUUGCUAAAAAUUUAGAAAGUUGGUUAACGUCGGCGAUGACUGGAUGUCCUGACAAAAUUGUUCAAAUAAAGAUCGGUGCAGUUUCGGCCUUUAGUCAGACUCUUCGCAGAUACACGUCACUCAAUCAUUUGGCCCAAGCAGCUCGCGCUGUACUGCAAAACAGCUCACAAAUAGCACAAAUGUUAAACGAUUUGAAUCGCGUAGACUUUCACAAUGUCCAAGUGAGUUUUUGCUCCUUCGAUUUUUCGUUUCGGAAUCGCUUCAAAUCUAAAUCCGCAAUCUUUUCAAUACAGGAACAGGCAUCUUGGGUUUGCCAAUGUGAUACAGCCACAGUACAACGUUUGGAAAACGAUUUUAAAGCGGCCUUACAACAACAAAAUUCCCUUGAACAGUGGGCGUCGUGGUUACGGUUGGUCGUCGACACGGCAUUAGAGGAAUAUCAGGGCAAACCAACGUAUACGAAAGCGGCACGUCAAUUUUUAUUAAAAUGGAGUUUCUACAGCUCGAUGGUUAUACGCGACUUGACAUUACGAUCGGCGGCCAGUUUCGGCAGUUUUCAUUUGAUUCGUUUACUGUAUGACGAAUACAUGUUUUUCAUCGUUGAGCAUAAGGUGGCUGAGGCAACACAAACAACACCAAUAGCAGUAAUGGGAUUGGGAUGUGGCAUUGACAGAGAUUUGAUACCCGACACCAACCAUUCAGGAAUUGAUAUGAUCUUUACCAGUGAGUACGAAGUUAAGAUUGAAUCCAGCCCGAAGCGGAUGAGGAGUUAAUUCUUUCUACAUUAUCGGACUUCUUGGUAAAUCGGUGUGAAGAAAAGCUUUAUGGAAAAAAAUUGUGUGUAAAAAUGAAAGCAACGAGUUGCGGUUCAAAUCAAUUGCAGCUUAAUUUAUUGGUCACGUUUGUGGUCGGAUUUCGUGUUUCGUUUUUCUAAAGUAAAUUUAAUGUGUCAGUGAAAGUAACUAUUGUAAUUUGAAAAGAGAGAGAAAAAAAUAUUUUACCGAAAAUGACCGAAUUAAUUAAUUACUGAUGAUGCAUUGGAGGGACAAAAAAAAACCAUCCCAACAGAAACGCAACAUGAGCUUUCUAGUCAUUGAGAAACAAACAAACAAACUAUAUUUUAAUGCAUCAUCAAGUCAUUUCACAUUUGUACAUAAUAACGUAAGUUGCUCAACUAUGUCUACAUCCAUCCAUAAUUUAUAUACUGUUUUAGUGAUUGCUUAUGGUUAUAAAAAUAUUUAAAAAAAAAAUUAAUUGAAAUAAUUAAAUCGAAUGGAGAACGCGCAAUUAGAUACGGAAAUUAUAAAAAUUUGCAAAAAAAAGGAAAGAAAAUAUUUUAGCCACAGCAUUAUAAAAGAGUAUUCUACGUACAUAACAAGAAAAGAAAUUUUUAUAAUAUUUUGUCAUAUAGUUUUAUAUCAGAUGGGAAAAAAGAUGUGAGAAUCUAAGAGAGAGAAUUAAAUUAAUUUAAAGCGAACAAAAUAUCAUUAUGUAUGCAUUAGGGUGUCAAAGUAAAUGUAUUUUAGUUUUAAGAUGUACCAUUGCAACGAAGAA